CCUAGUUAAGAUGGCGGCUGCCGGCUCUCUAUCCGCGGCGGGAUCAGCCAUGCUGCACGGUCCGGUAGUGAAGGUCCAUCCGGUGGUCUUAGCCUCCAUCGUGGACAGUUAUGAGAGGAGAAACGAAGGAGCCGGGCGGGUUAUUGGCACCCUUUUGGGGACGACAGACAAACACUCAGUGGAGGUGACCAACUGCUUCUCCGUCCCGCACAAUGAGUCUGAGGAUGAGGUGGCUGUCGACAUGGAGUUUGCCAAGAACAUGUACGAGCUGCAUAAGAAAGUUACCUCCACUGAGCAGAUUGUGGGCUGGUACGCCACAGGAAAUGACAUCACCGAGCACUCUGUUCUGAUCCAUGAGUACUACAGCCGCGAGGCCACCAAUCCCAUUCACAUGACGGUGGAUACCAGCCUGCAGGGGAACCGUAUGAACAUAAAGGCCUAUAUCAGCUCCCCGAUGGGCGUUCCCGGCAAAACCAUGGGCGUCAUGUUCACCCCUCUCACCGUGCAGUAUGUCUACUAUGACACAGAGCGGAUAGGAGUGGAUCUGAUCACCAAGACCUGCGCCAAUCCCAACCGCUCCAUUGGCCUGACCACUGACCUGCAGCAGGUGGGGGUGGCGGCUAACAGACUGCAGGAUUCCCUCAGCACGGUACUGCAGUAUGCCGAGGAUGUACUGUCGGGGAAGGUGACGGCAGACAACACAGUCGGGCGCUUCCUGAUGGAUCUGGUCACCCAGGUUCCUAAGAUCGACCCAGAAGACUUUGAGGCCAUGUUGAACAGCAACAUUAAUGAUCUUCUGAUGGUCACUUACCUGGCCAACCUGACCCAGUCCCAGAUCGCCCUGAAUGAGAAGCUCCUCAACCUGUAACCGGCUCCGACCCGUGUUUUUACUUGGACUUGACCGACCGACGCACAUUCGACGCCCAAUAGAGGUGCAUUCUGGGGGAUUGAGACUGUUCCUAUUAAAUUAUAUUCACAGGGGAUUAAAGGGCUGGGUGGGCUGCAGCAAGAACAUCUAUUCUGUCCCCUCCCCGUACGGAGCCCCCGAUAUCUCAUUAUGUUACAGCAUCUGUCCAGCAGGGGGGGUAAUUGCAUUCCCUGGCAGCACAGUCACCAAAGUGUAUUUUGUGGAUUAAUAAAUAAAUUAGAAAAACCA